AUGGUGGUCCUCAAGCUGGGGCCAGUCGAGUAUCGUCAGUUGGGAUCGUCCGGCCUACGAGUAUCUGUACCAAUCCGCGAAGGAGCCAAGUUACGUGUGAAGAUGGAUAUCGAUACUGCUUCUGCCCAAAAGCGGUCUGCGAAGCCAGAGUUACUAAGCAGGGCCCGAGUAUCCUUCAUGAUGGAUCAUGUUCUGCUUACGAUCCAUUCCGGAGACCCGAAGCUCAUAGCGCCCAGCUAUAAGUUUUUCCCGCCACAACGACAGAGAGGCUGUUCCUUCUCUGGGUGGCAUACCCCUCGGAUCAUCAAUCACCGCCCAGGAGCAAUCCUCGACGGGAGAUCGAAUUCACUGCCGGAUGUUUUUGACAAAGAUUAUCAUCAAGUGCUGAAUAAUUGCCGGCGGGCAAGAGGGGAACUAUUACUCGAUAGCAAAAGGAACCUAACGAAGAUGGAGCGGGCACUCUUUACCGAUCUAUACGUACUUACUUCAGCUCUUUCUCCAGUUCACAAGGCGAAUCCCCGGGUGCCGAAUCAACCUUCUCGACAACAUCCCAGCUAA